UAUUCUUACCGUCCCCCAAACCUUUUGAGCCCUUUUUAUUGUUUCUUAAAACCCUCUGUUAUAUGCUUUCUUAACACUCACUCUCCAAAACUUAAAAAAAAAACACACACACAGUCACACACUGAAACCAUGGGAGGAGGAUUAUUAGACCUUUGUGGUGGCGGAGGAAAAUCAUGCAAGUCUUCAUGGAAGCAAAUCACAAAAGGGUUCGACGAUUCGGUGUCGAAAUCGAAAGUCGGCAAGUUUUUCAAGCUGGAGAACCGGAAGAGCAGCUUUUCCCGGGAGCUCAGGGCCGGGACGGCGACCUUUCUCACCAUGGCGUACAUCAUCAGCGUCAACGCCACCAUCCUGUCGGAAUCCGGCGGGACUUGCUCCGCCGCAGACUGCACCGUCCCGGCUAACAUGACGACGGCGCCGCCGGAUUGCAUGCUGAAGGCCAACGUCGGUUAUGAGAGAUGCCUUGCGAAGGUGAAGAGUGACUUGGUUGUGACGACGGCUUUGGCGUCCAUGAUUGGGUCGUUUGCUAUGGGCUUAUUGGCUAACCUUCCUUUGGGCUUGGCCCCUGGUAUGGGUCCAAAUGCUUACUUGGCUUUCACUUUGGUGGGAUUUCAUGGAACUGGGAAAAUCUCCUACCAAACUGGGAUGGCUAUUGUAUUGAUCGAAGGCUGUGCAUUUCUCCUCAUUGCUGUUCUUGGGCUUCGGGCAAAGCUGGCUCGGUUUAUCCCACAUCCUGUCCGUUUGGCUUGCGCUGCCGGUAUUGGGCUUUUCAUCGCGUUUGUUGGGUUACAAGGAAGCCAAGGGGUGGGCCUAGUGGGCCCUGAUCCAAACACGUUGGUGACGACGGCAGCCUGCUCGAGCGUUGAUCCUGUCACCGGAGCAUGCACCGGUGGACAAAUGAGGAGCCCAACUUUUUGGCUUGGUUUAGUUGGGUUUGUAAUCACUAGCUAUGGGCUAAUGAAGGAUGUAAAAGGGAGUAUGAUUUAUGGCAUACUUUUUGUCACAUUGAUUUCUUGGAUUAGGGGAACAUCUGUCACAUUUUUCCCUAACACCCCAAUUGGUGACACAAAGUAUGAGUAUUUCAAGAAAGUGGUUGAUUUUCACAACAUAAAGUCAAUAGUGGGGGCUAUUAGUUUUGCAAAUUUUAAUAGGACUGAGGUUUGGGUAGCUUUAGUGACAUUAUUGUAUGUUGAUGUGCUAGCCACAACAGGGACAUUGUACACUUUGGCAGAAGUUGGAGGAUUCGUCGAUGAAAAAGACGAAUUCGAAGGGGAAUAUUUGGCUUACAUGGUGGAUGCUGGUGCUACCAUUGUGGGCUCAGCUCUUGGUGUGACACCAAUUGCGACCUACAUUGAAUCGUCGGCAGGCCUAAGAGAAGGUGGAAGAACCGGGCUAACUGCAAUCGUUGUGGGCUUUUACUUUGCAUUGUCGUUGUUUUUCACCCCGUUGCUUACUAGCGUGCCGCCAUGGGCCAUUGGUCCAUCACUGGUUAUAGUUGGUGUAUUGAUGGUGAAAGUUGUGAAAGACAUUGACUGGAACAAUAUCAGGGAAGCAGUGCCAGCUUUUGUGACGAUGAUUCUUAUGCCACUUACUUAUUCCAUCUCCAAUGGGAUUAUUGCUGGUAUUGGGUUGUACAUUGUGCUUGGGCUGUAUGACAAAGUUGUGGGUUGGAUCAGGUGGUUCAUUAAGAUGAGAAGAAUGGUGGUGAAAGAACAAAAUCAAGUUUCUGCUUCUGCUGCUGCUGCUGUAGAACCAAAGGUUGAGAUGGUUUGAAGACCAAAAAACGGGAAAAAAAAAAAAAAAAACUUUUAGUAGAUUUUGUAUUAGUAUUUCUUAGGUGAUGCAGAAACCUCCUAGGAAGUUCACAAUCUUUGCUUUGUAGAUCCGUCAUUGUAGUGAGGUGACCUUUCAAGGGUGUUUUUGCAUUUUCAUUGCCUAAUAUAUGAACUUCAAUUACAAUUUCUUCGGUCUUUUUCUGGAG